AGGUUUGUUCUUUAGUUUGGACCGGUUUGAUUAACCUAAGAGAUCAAAUCAACUUAAUUAAGUUAAUAUAUUUUGAUUUGAUUUGAUUAAUAAUCAAAUCAAAUCUAUACAAUUUGAUUAUCUUUAAUUCAAUUAUUGAUUUAACUCUGACAAUCCAUUGUUUAGACUAACCAAUCUGAAGUUGAUAUCUUGUGGUUCGUACCCUAAAUUACAUCAAAAUGAUAAUGUAACCUACUAGUUUAAUGUCCUCUGACCAAUAGAAAAAUAAAAUAAAAAAAAUGUCUUAAGCUGAUAUAUGUAAUCAAAACAAAGAGAUACAGAGCACAACACUGAGUGUGAAGUGAGAAAUGGAAGUUCUGUGGAGGGUAUUACCUUUGCUAACAAUUCUGGUUUCCUUCGUGUUGUUCUUCUACUUGCAGGAUUCUUACAAGGCACAAUUAUAUCCUCUCAUAAAGUUACCAAGGGAUGAGUGCAGUCUUCUUCCUCAUCGCCAUUUCUGGAUAUCGAGCAAACGCAUUGUGACCCCACAAGGGAUCAUUUCUGGUUCAGUGGAGAUAAAGGAAGGGAAAAUAGUGUCUAUCAUCGAAGGAUAUGGUAAGCAGGGGAAGUCUAUGCAAGAAGAAGUAAUUGAUUAUGGAGAUGCUGUUGUUAUGCCUGGCUUGAUUGAUGUGCAUGUACAUCUUGAUGAGCCUGGAAGAACGGAAUGGGAAGGAUUUGAUACUGGUACCAGAGCUGCCGCUGCUGGUGGUGUAACGACAGUGGUUGACAUGCCUCUAAACAAUUACCCUACAACUGUGUCUAAGGAAACACUGAAACUUAAGCUUGAAGCUGCGGAGGAUAAAAUCUAUGUGGAUGCUGGAUUUUGGGGAGGCCUAGUCCCUGAAAAUGCUCUUAAUAAAAGUAUUCUUGAAGGUCUCUUAAGUGCUGGUGUGCUAGGUGUGAAGUCUUUUAUGUGUCCUUCUGGAAUUAAUGACUUUCCGAUGACUACUAUUGAUCAUAUCAAGGAGGGAUUGUCUGUGCUGGCUAGAUACAGAAGGCCUUUAGUUGUACAUUCUGAGAUUCAACUAGAUUCUAAAAAUCAUUUGGAGCUUAAUGAUAUUGGUGAUCCACGUUCUUACUUGACCUAUCUGGACACCAGGCCACCUUCAUGGGAACAGGCAGCCAUUAAAGAACUUGUUGGUGUUACAAAGGACACUAGAAUUGGCGGUCCAUUGGAAGGAGCACAUGUUCACAUUGUCCACUUGUCCGAUUCAAGUGCUUCCUUAGAUCUGAUUAAGGAAGCAAAAAGUCGAGGUGACAGCAUAAGUGUUGAGACUUGUCCCCAUUACUUAGCUUUCUCGGCUGAAAAGAUACCAACUGGAGAUACUCGUUUUAAGUGUUCCCCACCCAUUCGAGAUGCAUUCAACAAAGAAAAAUUAUGGGAGGCUGUAUUAGGGGGACACAUUGACCUAUUAACUUCUGAUCAUUCACCAACUGUGCCUGAACUCAAGCUGCUUGAGGAGGGCGACUUCUUGAGGGCUUGGGGAGGCAUAUCAAAUUUGCAGUUUGAUCUUCCAGUGACGUGGUCAUAUGGGAAGAAAUAUGGACUAACUCUGGAACAAUUAUCAUUAUUGUGGAGCAAGAAACCUGCAGAAUUUGUGGGUUUAGAAUCAAAGGGGACCAUCACAGUUGGAAACCAUGCAGAUAUUGUAGUUUGGCAACCAGAGGUGGAGUUUGAGCUGAAUGAUGAUUAUCCUGUUUUCCUUAAACAUCCUAACCUCUCUGCUUAUAUGGGAAGCACGCUAUCGGGAAAAGUUUUGGAUACUUUUGUCAGAGGAAACCUUGUGUUCAAGGAUGGGAAGCAUGCUCCUGCACCCUGUGGUGUUCUAAUCCUAGCCAAAUGAAUUGGUUAAAUAUUGGUUUCUUUAAGAUGCUUGUUUCGGUGGGGCAUAAAUAAGAGAUUGAAGAAGAUGCUGGCAUUAGCCACUGGGCUAGAUCUUCUUCUCAUAGAGGAGACAUAGACUAGUGUUGUAGCUUAUAUUAUUGCUGUUUGGACAAUGAAAUGAUGGCAUACUUUUCUAGACUAGUGUUGUAGCUUAUAUUAUUGCUGUUUGGACAAUGAAAUGAUGGCAUACUUUUCUUUAAUGUAUAUGUAGAUGACAACUUUAUAAGUUCUAAAGUUUGUCUUCACAUACAUACCAUUGCAUGAAAAGCCUAUGCAUGUUUCCUAGCUAAGAAUCAUCAAGCUAGUAUAGUUUAUUUGUAAGUGAAUAUAAAUAAAGAGGAGAAACUUUCGUC